AUGGCAGGUUUGGUAGAUUAUGGAAGUAGUGAUGAGGAGGGCUCUGUCCAUCUAGAUAUUCCACAAAAACCUUCAGACACUACUGAAGGUUCACUGUUGGAUAACCCUAAUGCGGAUGGUACAACGGAAGAUGUGCAGGCACAUGCAACAGAGCUUCCAUCCGCAGAAAACUCACGGACGAUUGAACUACCAAGCAAUCCAAAACCAGACGAUCCUCUCGUUGGACCUCAAUUGGGACCAGCUGAGGCAACUCAGUUUCCAGAACUAGAAGAUGCUAUGAAUGAGGAACGAGGGGGAGAACCGCAAUCGCCAUACUCUGCGAAUCGAGCUCUAUUACGAGAUCUCACCCUCCCGACAGUUCCCAAUUACGAUAUUCCUCCUUCACCACCAGGUUCACCAGUAGCCAGUACGAAUGUGAAAUUCAAGCACUUCCUCGAACUCAAGAAGCAGGGUACACAUUUUAACGAAAAGCUUGCAAAAUCGGCGGCACUCAAGAACCCGAGCUUGAUGCAGAAGCUCAUGGACUUUGCAGAUAUUGACGAGGCAGAACAAUAUUCAACAACCCUUCCUAAAGACUUAUGGAAUCCUGCUGGCUUUCCUGAGUACGCUUACAAAGAAGAACUUGCAAAAAGCCAACAGAAUAUUUUGAAGGGAAAGGAGGAAAAGAAAGCCCGAGGGCAGAGGGAGGCUUUGGAUUUCGUACCUGCAACAAACCCAGUCGAUGCCGGUCGUGGUGGAGCUCUUCAUACAGGCGGUAUUAACGUAAAGGGACAACAAAGCACUGCUGAGCGUAUAAUGGCAGGACUCGAUAAGGGCAGGUCGAACUCACCUCACACACAAGGUGUAAAGAGAAAAACCAGAUUCGAAAGUUGA